AUGGGCUCCAUGGUAAGCAAUCUUCUGAGUGCUUUCACGAAGAAGUCACCGAAAAAAGUGCUAAUGCUAGGGCUGGACAACGCAGGAAAAACCACGAUCCUGUAUUUAUUGCACUUCAAGGCAAUUGAAGGAUCAGACACGACGACUGUCCCCACUGUUGGUUUUAACAUCGAAACAAUAAAGAUAGGAAAUGUGGGGAUAAUUGUCUGGGACAUAGGGGGACAGCACAAAAUAAGAUCACUCUGGGAGUUCUACACGGACGGGCUGUCGGGGAUGGUCUAUGUGAUAGACAUCCAGGACUCAGAGAGAUGGGAGACAGCAGUGCAGGAGCUUACAAGGAUGCUCUCAAACAGCGGAAGACCCACGAGAUAUCCCGUGUUAAUAAUUGCCAACAAAAUAGACAAAAUACCAGAGGCAGAAAUAGAAGAAGUAAAGCAGAACUUGUACAACAAGAUAAACCCCACUGUUUUAUUCGCAGGAAGGCCGUGGAUGAUCAUCACGUGCUCAGCAACAACCGCCAAAGACGUAAAUAUGAUCACGGAAGGGUUUGUGUGGCUGGCCAACAACUUAGUGGAGAGCCAGGCGCCCAUGGGAAAGAUUGAAGAAGGAAGCAGAGGGAUCUAA